AUGUUAGAGCAGACUGGUCUAGCACCACGGUUUCUCGGUCAUGUCCAUGAGCAUGGACGCGUGGUGGGGUUUGUGUUGGAGAAGCUCAAUGGACGGCAUGGGGGUAUUGAGGAUCUCUCAGUCUGCCAGGCUCUUCUGCAACAUUUCCACGGCCUUGGCUUGCUCUAUGGCGAUGUCAAUCGGUAUAACUUCGUUAUACAGCAGGGAUGUGCGAAAUUGAUUGACUUUGAGCGUAGGCGGUCCUGUCCUGGUGAGACUGAAGCUAUGAAUGCUGAGAUGAACAGUCUGCGUGACCAAUUGUCGGAGGAAACGGGAUGCGGUGCAGGGAUUAUCUUCAAGGAAAUUGAAACCGAUGAGUGA